CCACACCUCGCAACGCCGCCAAUUGCCCCGUCGCACGACUGCUCAUCACUCGACGGAGUCCUCGGAAACCAAAGACAGACACCCAACUCUGAACGCCCACUUCCGCCGCCACAAUGCCGACACCAGAGUCCGAACUCUUCCUGGCCAAAAAGCCCAAGGUUGCGCCAACCUUUGAUGGGGUCGAUUACGAGGACAACACUGCGCUCAAGGGCGCACAAGACGCUAUCAUCAGGGAGCAGUGGGUCAGGAGCAUGAUGGCGAGGCUGGUCAGAGAGGAAAUGGGCAAGUGCUACCGGAGGGAGGGGGUCAACCAUCUGGAGAAGUGUGGACAUCUACGAGAGCGUUACUUUGAGCUCCUCAAGGACGCAAAGGUCAAGGGUUACCUCUUUGCGCAACAAAACUAUGUCGACGAUGCGCUCAAGCGAUAAGCGGACCCGCCAACAACGGUGGUCACUUGUAUAGAAGGACGGACAACGGGCAGACGAUGCACGAUACGCAGCGGAGAAUACCACCAGCACGACGACAAGGGUUUAUGGCGUUCGACAAGCAUCUGCAGAAGAGAUGCAACGAUCCUCUCUUACUGGCGAAUCUGUACAUACACAUGCCGGGGGAGGGACUGAUGUAGCACA